UUCUAGUCGGUAGUUAUGUCAUAUUGUACCUAAGUAUGUCAAUCUGUCUACAAUAUUAAUAUAGCUACAUAAUAGGUAGAAGGACAGACUAAAGUGAAAAUCAAAGCCAUUAAUGUCACAUUACUUUUGAAUGAGCUGUGUUAAUAGUUUAAAUUAAAGCGAUCAUUAAUUAUUACCUUAAAUAUGAAUCGGACUACAUUUUCCACUAAAAGGCUGAUGAUUAAUGUAAUGUUGUAUUCAUAAUGGAAUCAAAGACGCGGAGGAAGCAUUGUGUUCAAGUCAAGCGAAUGGUGCCUACAUAAUAGGUCUAACAAUUACCGACUAGGGGGGCUGGUAACAAGAAAAAUAUGCAAUGUAAAUGUACCUACAAAAUACCUGGAACGUAACAAUGGAAAAGUAUCAUCUGUGUUAUAUUUUCAUUUUACUGGUGACAUUUUGCGAUGGUACGAAGCAAAUUUAUAAACAAAACGAUAACACCGAGCUGCACAAAUGCGUUACCAUGAUAUUAGGGCGAAUCGAACUCGGAAAUGUAACCGAUGUUACCGUAAUCAAUGUGGACGUAGAGCUGGUUAAGGCGCUGCACUCCCUGCUGCCGCGCCCUGUGAGGGUCGUCUCCAGAACAUUCUACUGGCCGAACGGUGCUGUGUUCAACGACGUCUAUGUCAUUCAGUUCGAGGACAUUUUCAUAUUUGAACAAGGAAUGGACUCCGUCAGACGAGACCCUUUUUGGAAUCCGCGAGCGAAAUUUAUAAUUAUCAUCGAUAAUCUCGAAUAUUACCUUCAAGAGGUAUCAGGGUUUCUCAUACAUAAUCAUAUUUACAACGUCGCUCUUGUUGCUUACUCGGACGAUCGAAAUGUAUCGAUUUAUUCAUUUGGUCAUCAACGAGACGAAUGCGACAGACCUACAAUAAAGGGGCUGGAACUACUAACUCCUUGUUUGAAAAUUCACAACAUAGACAUCGACAGAAUAUUAACGUCGGACAGAAAACCCGAAUUACGAGGCUGUCGUGUUCAAUUUGUGUCGCACAACUAUUGGCCUUUCGUGUCAUUUGAAGGAAAGUCUGCUAUUGAGAAUUAUUUGUUAGCAUUAUUUAGUCAGUACGAAGGUAUCACAGUCGAACUUGUAAAUUUUGGAAUAAUUGAAACUCCUGGAGAACGCUUGAGUAACUUUACGUACACGGGCAUGUUGCACGAGAUAGAAACAUACCACGUAGAAGGAGCUAUAGGUGGUUACUCACUUACUUUUGAUCGAAUGUCAAACUUGGAUUUCAUAGACCCUUACAUGGUUAAUCGUUACAAAAUUGUAAUACUUCGAGCAGAACUGCUCAGCAUGUGGUCGGCUGUUCUCAAACAAUUCGGAGUACAAGCGGCAUGGACUAUUUUUGCAAUAUUCUGUGUGCUUUGUGUAAUAGUUACUUUUAUGGGAAUAUAUAAAAAACAAGUGAGAGAUACGAGUCGCGAUAUCCUCAUCGUGUGGGGUUAUUUUCUCAAUAACAUAAGCCAGGAGAAAGUUAAAUCAAGAGUAGCUUAUAGAAUGUUGCUACUUAAUAUACUUCUGUACGUAUUUAUAAACUCAUGCGCUAUUCAAGCAUCCUUGCUGAGCUUCACGACGCAUCCCAUUCGAGGUUAUCAGCCCAACACCGUCGAAGAAGUCAUUUCAAACUGCCAAUUCAUCAUCAGCCCCACUAUGGACACUCACUUACAAACAAAUCCAGUUAUCGACUUAUCGAACGUCAAUACAACCUGCUGCAAUACGACUUUAGACUGCUUGAUGAAGGUUAUGACAAAUGUUGAUCAGAGUUUGUUUACUAUAACAUCGGACAUUUAUCACGAGAGUAACAUUUGGAAGUUCGCCGAUGCGUAUGGCGACCUGAAGAUCCAUACAUUAAGAGAACCGCUUGGAAUGCUUCUGAAAACUAUGUACCUUCGGCGAGGGUCGCCUCUAACGGCACCCUUCAACAAGUUGCUGCUAAGGAUCCGUUCAGCAGGUUUAAUCGAUAGGUUUGUGAGUAGACUCCAUUAUACCGAACGGGUGAAGUACAAAUUCAACGCGCGUGGACACAGGAAGCCUCAAACAUUGCACGGGCUGAGAGGAGUGUUCAUGGUUUUCAUUUAUGGGUGCUGUAUAUCUGUUAUUACAUUUGUGAUUGAAUAUUUGCUAUCGAUAAUUUUCGUCGUUUUCUAUAUUUAAUCAAGUAACAAGAUACCCUUAAAUAGCUUCUUAAGCCAGUUGAGGGUAGAUGAAAACAUUACAUGAUCAAAUAAUGUAGGUUAAAGUUUAAAAAACAUUAAGGAGUUUAAAAAAAGUGCAUUUUUGUUAUUAAAUGUUUUAUAAUACAAAAAAUAAGAUAUAAGUUUUUAUUAACAACAAAAGUACGGUUUUUCUACAUCAACUUGAUAUUGGGUAUGGCAGUAAAAAUACUCAUUUACUGUGUCUAUUAACUGAUUUAACUUAUAAAAAGAAACUA